UUCAAUGGCGCCUGCUUUAUGGAUGAAUCGUUUGGUCGAUGUGAUUACAAGAAUAUCAGGAAUCUAGUAUAAGGAACGGAACACAGAAAGCUUUGCGCAGUUACAGUGUUGGUUGAAUAGUAUACUCUCUAUGGGAUAUAAACUGCGGGUUUGAUUAGUUGCUAAUGUUUGUGGUUUGUUGGCGCACUAGUUUAUUAAAUCGAUAGCAAUGACAUGUGAACAGCACACUUGUUACAGUUACUGUAGUGUAAGUUACAGUGGAACGGUGUAAAUGCGAGUGUGUUUUGGAGACCAGCGUGGCAUGGCACCGUGGCGGGUCGCGCUCAUCCCUUUACUGUGGGAGUUCCAGUGCUACGUGUGUCGUGAGGUCACUCUUCCCGCGGGUCCACUGUAUCGGGUUGCCGGAUUCCCGCUGUCGCUGCUCUGUGCUGUAUCGGGAUACGAAGGUCCACGGACGCAGGAUUUUGAGUGGUACCUGUACCGCGAGGAUGCAGGCGAUAGACAGAUUGGGGUCGUGUCCACACGAGACAUCGGAUUCCCUUACGCCCCAUUUCAGGCACGUGUGCAGACGGGCGAGGUUCGGGUGGAGAGAGACUCGGGUGACAAAGCCAGACUUAUAAUCCAGAGGCUCCGCCCAGAUGAUCAGGGUCGUUAUGAGUGUUACACGCCCAGUACUGACACCCGCUUCCAGGGGAACUACAGCGCAUCAGUGGUCGUCAAAGUGAUUUCAGAUACGUUGCUAAUUACACAUUCGCGCAUUCUGAGCGGCCAACCCGUUAUCGAGGGCACAGAACUGCAGCUGACGUGCGCAGCGUCUGUCCAAUCAGAUCAGCACACUCACGUUUCCAUCACAUUCGGAGUGCGCAGCAGCAGGGGGGCGGAGUCUGUCGGACACAACCUAAGAGGAAUCAUCGCAAUCGACCGUGAGCUGCGUGUAAUGCCCGGCCAUGGUGGAUCGUAUGAGAAGAGAUACAAAGAUGGAGAAAUCUCUCUGGAGAAGAGGAAUGGAGAUGGAGGCAGGGAUCUGUACGUGCUUAAGAUGAGCACGCUGGCACCAGAGGAUUCUGGGUCAUAUUUUUGCGAGGCUGCGCAGUGGAUCAGAGAUCCGGAGGGCAAAUGGGAGCGCAUCGCACAGAGAACGAUGGAACUUGGCAAUCUCACUGUUCAACCACUUGCGGACACACUGACUGUACGCUCGAUACCUAAAGGCAUCAUCUCGCUGCAGCCCGGUGCUCCUCUGAGCCUCACCUGUCAGGUGUCGGGCGUGGGGAACCACUCGGCGCUGCUGGUGCAGUGGAUGCGGCGCGGACCGGCGGGGGGUGUAGAGGUGAAGGUGGCGCGCAUGGGUCCUGAUGGUGUGGUAAGCUGGGGCGAUGAUGUCAGCAGGGCAGGAGGGGGCAGUAUGGAGAAGGAGGCCAAUGGGCGGUUCUCUCUGCGGCUGUUCUCGGUUCACCCUGCCGACGCAGGACUCUACCGAUGUGCCGUGAGUGUGUAUGCCGGGCGGCUAACUCCAGGACCCAUGAGUCCCACCACGAUAACACAGCGAUCGGAAUGGGUCACCGUUAACCUUAAGACGGAAGAGGUCCGUGUAUCUGCCACAAUCGAUUUGCCACACCGACCACUGCUGAAACACGGUAGCACGGUUACUCUGCUCUGCAGCAUCUCUGUGGCAACCAGCAGUUCUGCCCAGGUGGAGGUGAAGUGGAUUCAGAAGCCGGAGGAACCAGAGAGAAAAGACGUGAUGAUUUCUGAGGACGAAGGCAAACUCCUUGCAACUCUAACAUACGAUGGCCUGACGCAAAUCUACAGCAAUGGGAGUGAUUUGAGUGUCGACCGCGUGUCCGCCGGAUGCUACAGGUUGAGGAUUUUCUCAGCACGUGAGGAGGACCAGGGACACUAUCAGUGUCAAGUGGAGGUUUGGUCACAGGAUCCGCAUGGAGGAUGGUACAAAACAGGUGCCACCACAGAGUCGGCCACCGUACACCUGUACCUAUAUGCACGAGUUGCUGAUCUACUGCUCAUACCUCUUGUGAUUGGCGUCUCAUCGUCGCUGUUUGUGGGCGUGUUAAUUAUUGCCACUGUGACGUGCUGCUUUAUGAACAGACUGGCCAGGCAGCGCUCUCAAAUAAGGAAGUAGGCAUGAGACAUUCAUGCAGAAACCACUGAGAACAUUCAAUGACCAAAACGGGCUUUAAAGUUUUUCGUCAGACUUGAUUUAAAUGUGCACACAGAAAUGUCUUGGAUCUUAACCUUCAUAGUGAUCUUUGUACAGAUGCUAACAGUUACACCAACAUUGUUUGAAAAAGCACGUGGAGAAUAAUGCAGUAAUGCGAACUGAAUGCAGUUUGGUUUUGGGGAAUGAGCAGAAUCACUUAUUAUAAAUCCACAGAUGUUUGUUUACAGUGGGCGCACGGUUACAUAAUGUGCUUGUAAUUCAAUGUAGGUUAAAAGGAAUCUCUGUAAGUGUAAAAUAGUUUUAUGGCACUUAUGGCAUGCCAUAUUUCUUGCACCAUUGUUCCUAUUUGUGUGCUUAAUGAAACGCACCUUUUCAUUGAAGUAUACUGAUUGAUUGUCCUACGUUCAGAGUUUCUAAUGACCUGCCAUUAUAGUUAGUUAAUCCAUUAUACCUUAUUCAGAAUUGGUGAAUCUCACAAAGAAAUGUUUGAGUCGGAUUUUACCACAUAAGAGACAUUUUUAUUUUGCAUAAAGAAAAUAAAGCCUAUUAUUUGUGGGUGUGUGAAAAUAUUUUCAUGAUAUUUUUCACCCUUAAUUCUUGUUACUGUAAUGCAAAAUAAAUCUCAUUGCCAUUGCUGUAAGCACAGUGUAAAAUGUGCAUAAAUAAAUCCAAUUCAGUACCACAAAUACUACGGCGGUGUGUAUUUACAAGUGUACUUUACAAAAUAAUUGACAAUUAAAUUGUAAGGAAAAUUGGAGUGAAAAAGCAUUUGAAAGUAUGACAAAAAAUAGUUCUAAAAAAAAUCGAAUAAAUUUUCUUUAUGCAACAUAUAUUUUCUUAUUAUAUAUUGGUGUGAAUUAUGACCAGGAAAUGCUUUCAUAAGAUUCACCUGAAAACAAUAAAUAUGUGAUUAAAGGGACCAGAGCCACUGAGUUACGAGAUCUAAUAAGCUACAACAUUCACGACGAGAGUGUUAGUUUACAGCGUUACCUUAAUAGUACCUAGAAAAUCAAACCAUUGAGAGAAUUUAUCAGCUGACAGCUCUGUUACAUAAACAUGACUGAAGCUUUCAGCCGAGACUCUGCUGGGAAUCUACUUGAAAUGCUGAAAAACUCUCCCAGAUUAAUUCAGUCGAGGCGUGUAGUCGUAACGUUUGCCAGAAUUUCCCACUAUACUUACAGAAUCCAAAGUGGGACGAGGACCAAAUUGUUCCUUAUGAAAAGAUCCUAAUAUAAAACCUGUGUCGAUGUCUUUUUUGUUUUUGUAUUUUUACAAAAAUGUUGCUGUUUUGUGCAUCUGGUAGUUCAACGGGUGUCUUUUGUGUCCCCUGUGUAAACAUCUGUGUAACACUGUGUCAACCCUGUUAGCAACAUAAUUAUUUUGCAAGUUAUGAUAUUAUACUAGAUAUGGCAAGGAAAUGUCUCUUUUUUUUAUCAUUUUUUGUCUGAAAUGUAAAAAAUGGUAAUUGCCAUGAAUUUUUAUAGUAAACAGUUGAUUAUAAAAAAUAAAAAAAGUGUAUAUUUCUAGAAAAAUCUGCAUUAAAUUAACUUUAUAAAUAAACACAUUAGGCUGUUAUGACAUUAAACACAAGGCUAAAAACUUUCUGAUGACAUAAUAAACAUAUUUGGGAAAACUACAAUAAGGAUCCAUUUGUUAACAUUAGUUAACAUGAACUAACAAUGAACAAUGCUUAGUAAGCAUUUAUUAAUCUUAGUUAAUGUUCAUUUCAACAUAUAGUAACACAUUUUUUAAAUCAAAAGUUGCAUUUUGUUAACAUUAGGUAAUGCAACAUGAACUAACAUGAACAAACAAUGAGCAAUUGUAUUUUUAUUAGAGGUCGACCGAUUUUGCUGAUACCGAUAACUAAGGUGGUGGGAAAUACCGAUAAAUCGGCCGAUAAGUUUUAAAAACUAUUUAUAGAAUGUCAAAAAAAAAUUCUUCUUUACUAUGGCGGGCAAAGACAGUUCAACAAAAAUCCCAAUAAUAACCAGAAAAAAAUCAGAUUUGGUGCAUAACACGGGACUUUUAAGUAUAAACAAGCCCAAAACACACCAGGGACUCUUAUUUUGAAAUUAUGAAAAAACUGUCGGCAACUCUCGACAUUUUGCCGACAAUCAAUAGCUCCAAAAAGCAACUAUCGGCACUGAUUAAUCGGUAAAACCGAUAUAUCGGUCUGCCUCUAAUUUGUAUUAACUAAAAUGAACAAAGAAAUAAAUGAUUAUUUACAAAAUAAAUGAUGUAAAAAAAUAUAUUUUUAAUUGUUAGUUCAUGAUACCUAAUGCAUCUACAUAUUGAACCUUAUUGUAAAGCGUUACCAAAUGUUUUAUUAAUUUAGUUUGAGUUGACACGAUGCAUUUAGCCAUGUUUUGUCUAAUGGAAUGUUUAAAUGGUAUUUACUUUAAAAAUGACCUUUUGGAAAAGGAAAAGUCACCCGUUUAAUAGAAUGACCAUCUGUUUCCAUUUUAAUGUGUUGAAGUAAAUGCUGACUGUUACUCUUUUUAAAACCUGUAUGAAUGAGACAGAUUACUCUACGAUCUUUAUUUUCGUUUUGCAUUUGGCAUUUGAGAUGUGCAUUGUUUAUUCCCUUGUUCUGAGUCACACAAACGUUCACUUGAUUGCUGUGUAAGAUUAUUAUAAUGCCAGUGCUGUGACCUUCCUGCUCUAGAUUUCUCUGGGAUUGUACUAAUGUGAAAGCCACAUCAACAUCAGAAAAAGGGAUUCAAUGUUUUCUGUAAUUAUUUACAGUGUUCGGAUGCUGAAAUCUGGUUUAUCUACUUGUGCCAUGAAGCCACAUGAUUAAAUGCAGAAUGACAGUCGGUGAGAGUAGCAGAAUAUUCUCUGGAUUGUAAUCCUCAUGUUUACGGUCUGAAACGACAUGCAUAUUUGAUACUACACUGCCUGUUUUUGAUUUCAAUCGCAGCGUUUGUGUUCUUAUGAUUCGACAAAAAUGUGACCGAUCACUCCUGCCUCAAGAUGCUUUUUGAAUUUGGUUCGCUUCAUCUUAAAGUCAAGAAACGGUGUUUGCAACUGUUGUGAUCGGAUGUGAUCUUUGGGGGCAUUUUGACCUUUAGGGUGGUCAAUAUGGUCUCUCUACAUUUUACUGGGGAGGCAAAAGGAAAAUCUAGUGGGGCAAUGCCCCCUAGACCCCACCCCCUUUGACCCACCCAUGUUUCAACCUGUUUUACUUCAGUGUUUCUGAGUGAAACAGGAUAUUCAACGAGAAAUAAAGUAGGGCGGGACUUAAUUGUAUUCAUCAGGAAUUGAUUGGAUCAUGAAAAGUUGGCGUUGAUGUAAUGCAAUAAAGUUGCAAAUAAUAAAAGCUGAUUAAAAGCGAUCAAACGUACCUAACCAAUGAGUGAAAUCUCAUUGAUCCAAAAUCCCGCUUCUCAUCAAAUAUGUCGGUCAGCAGCGUGCUGAGUGACUCCAGCCAGGUCUCCUAAGCAACCAAAUUGGACCAGUUGCUAGGGUGGGUAGAGUCACAUGGGUGACUCUAAUGUGGUUCACUCUUGGUGGGGCGCGUGGUGAAUUGUGCGUGGAUAGCGUGAAGCCUCCACGCGUGCUAUGUCUCCGCGGUAACGCGUUCAACAAGCCACGUGAUAAGAUGCGCGGAUUGACAGUCUCAGACGUGGAGGCAACUGAGAUUCGUCCUCCACCACCCGGAUUGAGGCGAGUCACUACACCACCACGAGGACUUAGAGCACAUUGGGAAUCGGGCAUUCCAAAUUGGGGAGAAAAAGAAAAUGUCGGUCAGCAUGUUCGUGUUCAGUGUGCGUAGACCAAAAAAAUAAAUAAAUAAAAAUACUUGAAGAUGGAAUCUUGUUGGAAUCUUUUAAAGACAAAAGCCGAAAAGGAAAGUUGUUUCAGAGGCGGAAAAAGUUUUACAUUCUGUUAACAGAUUAUGAAACACCAGUGUUUUUUUGUUUUCGUUUUUUAAAUCAAGCUUUACACACACUGAUGAAAUGAGUACAAUAAGACCACAAACAUGUAUUCAGAAUUUCAAUUUGGAUUUUAUUUCGACAUUAAUUGAGAAAUGCAAACAGAAUGUUUUAGUUGUAAACCGGUAUCACGCUCAAACACAUACAUUUGUUGUCUUACCUUUGUUAUGUGCAUUAUAUAAUCAGUAAUACAGCGCUCAUGUUUUUGUUUUGAAGGCUCUUUUCUGUAACUAUUUUCUUGCGUCUGCAAGUUUUGACUGUACUGUCGGUGGUUUUAAUGUAUGCUUCUAUUUUGUGUGAAUGAUGUUUAAGGUUCAUGAAUAAAACGCCCUGAAAAGAGGGCAGAUUUGUUGUUUGAA